GGGGCUGGCACGCAAGGGGUUAACAGGGUGGCUCUUCCUCAUGGUGUAUACGAGGCUCCUGCUGGCUCCGGGCUCAGUUUGCUGCUGGCGGCCAGAGGGACGGGAACGGGAACGGACAGAGCGCGGCAGGCCGGGAGCAUCCCUGCCCGGGUGCCGGGAGCGUCCUGGGAGCAUCCCAGCGCGGCCCAGGGCCGGAGCUGAAUCCGGGAGCCAGCGGGGGGGCUGGAGAUCCUCCCCGGACGCGGGAGCCGGCGCCGAGCCGCGGCGCGGGGCCCGCGGGCCAUGGUCCCCCUCGGCAGCCCGCCGCUGGCGGCGUGCGCCUCCGGCAACAUGCGGCUGGUGGCCCCCGGCCGGCGCCUCUCGCCCCUGGGCUUGCUGAACCGCGGCCCCGGCUACCUGCGGGAGCAGAUGCAGGGGGGCAGCGGGGGCCGCGCGCCCAGCGCCGUGGAGCGCCUGGAAGCCGACAAGGCCAAAUACGUCAAAUCCCAGCAGGUCAUCAACAGCCGGCAGGAGCCGGCGCUGCUGGGCUGCUCGCCCCGGCUCUCCCCGCGCGGCCGGCGCCUCCUCGCUCUCCAGCAGCGCAACGAGCUCUGCCAGGGCUCAGACCCGAGCCGGGACGGCCCCAGGAAGCUGCCGUGCCCGCAGUCCCCCGUGUCCCGGAGGGGAGGCAGCGGCAAGCGCCUGCUGAGACCCGACUCGCUCAUCAUUUACCGGCAGAAACGGGACUGCCCGGUCGUGAACAAGGAGAACGCCAAGGGCUACGGCCUGGUGCGGCGCCUUUUCCAGGGGCCCCUCAGAGACAAGCCCCCCGGCUCGCCCGCGGCCAGGGGGGUGGGCGAGGGGCCGGCGGCGCGCCCGAGCCCCCAAACCCCCAUGCUGUGGGUGCCCGCGGAGAAAGAGGAGGCGAGGACGCAGGGCGCGAGCGGCCGCGUGCCGGCCCCGGCCUCCCCCGGCCCCGCCAAGCAGGAGCUGGGGCUCCGCGUCUCCCUGCCGCUCUCGGAGAAGGAGCGGUUCUUCAACUACUGCGGCCUGGACCGGGCGCUCGUGGAGGUGCUGGGGCAGGAGCGCUUCGGGCCGGCGGGCUGGGAUGCCGCCUCCGCCCGGCCGGCGGGCUCGUGCGAGUCGGAGCCCGGCCGGGCGUCGUGGAGCAGCGGGGAGGACGCGGAGCCGGGCGAGGAGGAGCCGGACGCCAGGCUCUGCUCCGCCGUCUCCGUCGUGGAGCGCAACGCCCGCGUUAUCAAGUGGCUCUACGGCUGCCAGCGAGCCUGGGCGGCCGCCAAGGAGUCCACGGUCUGAAGACACGUCCCAACCGGGGACGGGGAGACCCCGGGCAGCCCCGCGCUGGCCCUGCCGCCGGACGCAGCCCAGACCUUGGUGUGGGGCUGCUGCUGGCUGGGAGAGACACCAGGUCUACCCAGGGGGAAACUGAGGCACUGUGGGCUGGACCCUGUUGGCUGAGGACGAGCGGGCAGAUGGUUUCAUGCUCUUGCAGACUGGUCUGAGCUCGGAAAGGACUGUAUUUUGGGGUGCGGAUGCUCGGAUGAGGUUGGUGGGGGUGUCCAAGGGAAGAAGGAUCCCCAGUGGGUGACCCCCUGGAGGGCUGGUUUCCCCCCCAGGUCCUCCUUCGGCCUCUCCUUGGUGCUCCCCAACUCCUGCGGGAGAGGGCAGCACCCUUGUUGGCUGCACAACUCCUCCGUUGCGGAGCCAGGCACGGUCUGGGUGGCGGGCAGAGCCCGAGCCCCCCGCUGCGGCAGUGCCCGGCUCGUCCCCUUCCCUCCAGUCUCACCGGAUCCAAAGGGAGAAGGGCUAUGUGGGAUCAGGGUGGUGCCAAAUAAACCUGGCUAGUUUUCUA